CGAACAUGAGGUGGGCGUGUCAUGAAACCUUUUCCAUCCAGCUUUUAAUUCCUUAAUCUUGGUAGGAUGCCUAUCCCGACUCGACCUUUCCGCUGCCUAUGGUGGAGAUCUAGGAAAGAAAAUAAACCUAAAUUUCAAAAAGAUUGGUUACAUUAUCUAAAGAGGCGUGUUGAGGUUGCCCAGUUUAUUUUCAGCCCUUUCUCACUUGCAUUUCUUCAUAAUUUCUCCAGUGAUUGGCAUGUUGAUGAAGAGUUAGUGGCUGCUGCUACAGCCUCUGUGCAAGCACAGGAAAGGUUCUCCUAUUUAUUGAGAUCUAGAGCAGCAAAGAAACCUGCAGCUCAAAAAAUUGCAGAUGAUAGUGUCACCAUAUUAGGCUCACUGCGUGAUUUGAAAAGCCGUGUUGAAGGUACUCAGUUUAUUUUUAGUCCUUUCUCACUUGAUCACAAUCAACUCUCUUUGCUCCACCACCUUGUUGUAUCUCAUACUCCUGAUAACUUUGAUGAUGGAACGAAAGCAAAAAUAGCCAAGGAAGUAACUGACAUAUUUGAUGGGCAAGUCAAGAGACUUGUGUAUGCUACAAUACUUACGUGUCCGUGGUUUUCGGGCUCUCAGUCGAAAAAGUCUGCACAGCCUGAGAAUAAUGUGCUGUAUGUUGUGUUUGUGUCACGAGAUGAGCAGUUUUUUACACUAGCUACUGAGCAUGAGAAGGAGUUAUACGAAACUAUCAAUGAAGGUUUUAUAUUUGCUUGUGAUGUCAGGCAUUUUUGUGCUCAGCUCCAAUGUGGUAAUGUCAGGGCAGUUGAAGCUUUAUGCUCGCCUCCUGACUCGAUCAUCUUCAGCUCACCUGAAUGGAUCAGCCUGGCAUCACUUCUUGAUCCAGUCUCGCUCUUGACACCUACAUUUGUUAAGCAUUGUGUAGGAAAGUCUAUUGGCACAUUGAUCAAGAAAAAACCAACCUCUGGUACACUGGAGGUUAGAAAUGAUGCUUUUGUUAGCAAUUUCUGUGAUUCUUUUAGGCUUCUUUCUUAUGCUGAGUCAGCAAUAAAGAGAGAGCCAAUAAGUAGUUGGUUUGAUGUGGGUGUGACUGCGGAAGAAAAAGAAAUACUUCAAUUGUUGACAAAAGCAUUUGAAGGUUUAGUACACAAGGAGCAAUUGCUUGAAUGGGUAUUGAAAGUGAAAGAAAGAGUAGAUAAAGGAAUAGAGAAAGUUCCUACUGCCCAGCUUAAAUGGACUGCAGAACUUGGAGAAUGGAUGACUAAAAUGAGAAUGGAAGGAGCCAAGUUUUUACUACCUCAAGAGUUGGAAUCAAAUUUAGAUCCUCAUCGUGAUUUUCUUGAUUCUCAAUCUUUAACAAGUGUCCACAGUCGUGAUGUGAUUGUGAUUGCUAAGACAGGGAGCCACAUGUAUAAUCUGGCUAUGCCUACUUCUGAUACUGAUUAUAUAGUAGUGUACAGGAAACCAACACAUGUGCAUGUAUUUAGAGUUGCUUCCUUCAGGCUUGCUUAGCGUUGAUUGAAGGAAAAAGGACAGUGUACAGUAAAUUACACAUGGGUGCAGUGUGGUUGACUGGUUGAAGAGGAGACUUUAGUGGAUCACUGAGUGUUUGCUCAAGCCAUGUUUCUUCUAUCUGAGCUACACAAAACCAUAGGCAAAUGUUUAGCAAAAAAUCUCUCUCCGAUGAUAUGACUCUGAAGCGGAGUGAAAUCAGUGGAUAUGAGUACUGAAGAGCGUCACAGAUUGGUAGCAUUAACUGAUUUGUAGACAAAGAAUAACUAUUUAUUUGUAUAAACAACAACAAACACACACUAUAGAUUUUUUCUUUAUUUCUUAUACGGGUAUAAAUUGCAACUUACGGCUAAAAUACACAGUGUUAUAGAGUAUAGUAUUCUUACCAGAAGAUGACGGGUCUUAUACUACACAGUAGCAACUAAUGAAUGAGCAAACUGGUUGAAAUAGAACUGAGACAUUGUGAGAACAAACCAACUCAAAGUAAAAUGAUUCUUCACAAACCA